AUGGCGAGCUACCCUCGCUUCCCUCCGCGACUCGUUUCCUCCCCGUCGUCGACCUCCUCGCUGUCCGAUGCCCUCAACCCUCGCAAGCGCAAACUGCAUCUCCUCGUCGCCGCGGCUGGCCCGCGCGAUACGUCCUGGGCACAGGCUCUCGUCGUCCGACUCUCCAAGAACCCGCACAUUGAGGCGCGCGCCAUCAUCGACGAUGUCGUCCCCCGCCUGGCGCAGACCGUCAUCGUGAUGCCCAACCAGAGCCUGGCGCCAGGGCAGAUUGACCACGCGGACGAUGCCGACUUUUACAAGCAACAGGCGUUUGAGCUGAUACAGUGGGCCGACCUCAUGGUCUGCGUGCCGUUGGAUGCGGAUGGCAUUGCGAAGAUGCUGGCUGGGAUCGCGGAUACGCUACUCGGGGAGGUCCUCCGAGGGUGGGACACGUCCAAGAGCAUCGUGCUGGUGCCGAGCAUGAGCACGCACAUGUGGGCGAAUCCCCUGACGAAACGGCAGCUCAGCAAGAUCCAUCGCAAAUGGGGCUGGAUCAGGGUCAUGGCACCCAUCACAUGGCAUUACGAGGGAUCGCACAACCCCAAAAGGGUCCCCAUCUGGAACGGGUUCAACGAAGUGCUGGCUAUCAUCCAGAACCAGGCGGACCUGUUGGGACUCGGUCGCGACGUGGAGAUUGCCACGGGCGUGGCCAUUCUCCCGGAUACCAGCGUCAAGGUGGAGUCCAAACUGCCACCGGAGAUAUGGACGAUCAUUCUGGACUUCUCGGGGGAUUGGGAGCUGGCCAAGGCUCUGGGGAUAUACACCAACCUACCGAUGCCCAAGUGGUGGUCUCUACAUCCAAGGGAUGCUUCCAACCCUCUACAAGCAUACGAACACGAGCUUGAGUGGACGACCCUCACCUGCAACGCCGCGGCCAUCUGCAAAAAGCUAUCACAAUGUCCGCCGAAUUUCAGAGAUAUUCCAGCGCAGGUAGUCCGCCUCGUCAUCCGCUUUGCGCUGAUCGAGGUGCUGGCCUACCUAGAAGCCAACCGUCCGGACCUCUUCAAGGCCUUUGGUGGGACGACACUGCCGACAAAGGCGUCUGCCUGGUAUCCCCGCACGGACGUGCUGGACUACUGGCUGACGAGUCGCUGGUUCCGCGACAACCACACGUACGACGCGGAAUCGGUGGACGGCGCAUCCAAGAACGGGCACGUACGCAUCUUGGACUGGUGGUGGCGCCAUUCCGGGUUCCCCCUGCGAUACACCGAGGCAGCGCUGGAGCAGGCGAGUGCCAAUGGCCAUCUGCUCGUGCUCGAGUGGUGGCGCGACGCUGCCGCCCAGGAUGACAAGGUUGUACUUCGACCGGGGCGGUCGCUCCUCUGGGCCACGCAAUUCGGUCAGGCAGACGUGCUACGAUGGUGGGAUGCGUCGGGCAUACCGCUCGCCCACGGCGACGGGGUCGCGAAAUGGGCAAGUCGAUGGGGGCAAGUCAACAUCCUCGAGACGUGGCGCCGUCUCAAGGGCGACAGCAAACUGGCCCGCGAUGGCGAUGUGUUGGUAGCGCCCACGGUCCACCAGCACAUGGAGGUGCUCGAGUGGUGGCGCCGUUUUGCCCACGGCGAGCUGGAGGGCAUGGAAGGGCGCAAGCAGCAGGUUGAGUUUCGGACAUGCAACAUUGAGGAAGCGCUGGAGGACAGCAUCGGCGACCAGAGUCGGGUGCGGCAAUGGUGGGUGAAGAACGGGUUGAAUCUCGGCCUGCGGAACGAGGAGUGGCUUGAGCAGCGACAUCUGUGA